CUUCAAUGUUUUGUGAUCAUAUCAUGUCUUUUUUAGACAAAUAGGUUUUUUUUUUAUCAGUGUGCGGCUGCUUUGUUGAGGGUUAUCAUGACUGGAUCUGCUCUGGUUUCAUUUCUGCUGGCGAUGGCCUGUGUUCUCCUGCCACUGUGUGCAGCUCAAGGCAGCUGUGUGGGCAGAUGUGGUGAGCAAUUCACCCGCGGGCAGGUCUGUAACUGUGACUACAACUGUUUUGUCCAUGGAGAGUGCUGCAAGGAUUUUGAGGAUGCCUGCACUGCUGGUGACUCCUGCAGGGGUCGCUGUGGUGAGGCGUUCCGGCGCGGCAGACAGUGUGAGUGCGAUUCAGACUGUGCGCGCCACAACUCCUGCUGUCCCGACUACAGUGAGCAGUGUGAUGCUCUCUCCCAGUUGCAAGCUGCAAGAAGUUCAAAACUAAACAAACCAACAGAUUAUACUGAGGAGUGUAUGGCAGCAUGUCUCGCAGCACAGCAAAGCCCAGAUCUAAUGAGAGAUGACACCAGACUGAAUAACUUUAUGGCUCCAUCUGAUGCUGCAUCACUUCCUGCUGGUGGCCCUCUGCCCCAGGACAUCAGCCUCUUCGCUCCUCUGACACCCUCUGACACACCCGGCAUCGGUUCCAACCCUUCUGGGUUCCUACUGCCGGAAUCUGGUCCUGAUCCUGCCGCUGGACCACUACAGGCAGCGGGACCUUCCUCUGGGAACCCCCUAACCGUCCCAGUGCAGGUGUCCCUCUCCAUCAGUGGACAAGGUGCCUCUGCUGCAGGUAAACCCAGCACUCUUGCAGACGUCGCCCAGGCCCUUGCAGCCAGCAGCCCUGCAGCGCCAGGUAUGGAAUUUGUUCACAUCCCUGUAAUUACCACCUAUGUAUGGAAAAUAUUUGAAAUUAGUUCUAACUGUAAAUUAAAUCUGAAUAUAUUUGAACCAUUAAUUUCUGUUUUUUUGGCAACUCUCUUCAACAACUCCAUCAUAGCUUUCAGAGGUCACUUCUUUUGGCUGCUGAACCCUAAGACUAGAAGAGCCAGUCGUGCUGGUAGAAUCACUGAAGAACUGGGCAUCCCGUCUCCCAUCGACACGGCCUUCACACGCUGCAACUGUCAGGGCAAGACCUACAUCAUCAAGGGUGACAACUAUUGGAGUUUGGAGAAUGGCGUUGUGGAGCCUGGAUAUCCCAGAUCUGUGGCCCAGGACUUUGGUGGGCUCACCGGUGAGAUCACUGCUGCUCUGCCAGUCCCAGCUACCAGAAAGAGGCUGGAGUCAGUGUACUUCUUCAAGAAAGGAGGCACAGUCCAGAAAUUAUCUUUUCCUUCUUUAAGUGGAUCAAGUUGCCGUGGAAAGAGAUCCAAAAAUUCUGACAAAAUUCCAAAAAAUGCCAAACAAGCCGAGAUCCAGCUGUCAGGGGAGAUCAACAUCAAGCUCAAAAUGAAGGGCUUCCCGACCCCCGUGACAUCAGCCUUGUCCAUGCCAAACCCCAGGAAGUCUGACGGUUUCGAUUACUUUGUUUUCUCUUGGCCGAAAGUACUAAACGUCAAGGUUAGUGAUGAUCUGCCCGCUUUGACGGCCCCUGUCAGCCAUUCCUCCCAGCAGAAUGACAUCAGCAAGUGGCUCAACUGCGCCUGAAAGACCAGCAUGAAACAAACACCACAAGCAACUGCAUGGCGAGAAAGAUUCUCCAUUUAUUAGCAAAAACCAUUGAACAUAGCGUCAGUAUGAUUACUCACAUAAUAUAAAAUAAGUCUAACCAAUGUUUUAAAGCACAUUGAAAGAAAACAAAGUAAAACUGCAGUAGGCUGAUUCUGGGUACUCUGAAGAGUCAUUCAAGGACUUGUAAUCAGUGUUUCUGCUGGGCAGAUGCUGUAAAGGUGAGUGGAUUUAGAUGGGAGUGCCUCUGUUGAGUCCUCGUCCCCGACUUCCACGAGGAAAAACACCACCUGCAGGAAAAGAUUGAGAUACAGACCCAGACAAACCAAAUCAAAUUACACUGAAGAUCUUUGUAGACAUCCAAAGUUAUUAAAAUGUCUGUUUCUACAGAACAAACACCAAAUUAUACAAUCAAGCACAAAACUGACAAAUGAAAAGCUUCUGUAUGCAUUUCACAUAAUCUUUGCUUCAUUAAAAAAAAGAGAAAAGUUUUAAAA